AUGGCACCUCAUGCACAUUCACAUUCUCACGAGGGUGAGAAGUCGAUUUUACAUGCUUCAAAAACAUGCCGUUUAGGAACGGUAUUAGCUCUUACAAUUGGAUUUUUCUUUGUUGAACUUAUUUGUGGAUAUAUUCUUCAUUCAGUGGCUAUUUUUGCCGAUGCUAUUCAUAUGCUCAGUGAUAGUGGAGCGCUUAUUAUUGCAAUGGUCUCAGUACGAAUUUCAAAACGAAAAUCAGCUAAAAAUACAUUCGGUUGGGUACGUGCACAAGAACUGGGUGCUAUGGUUAAUUGUAUAUUGCUGAUGUCACUUUGUUUUACUAUUCUUGUUCAAGCUGUAAAACGUUUAAUUUCAAUAGAACCCAUUGAUCAAACUAGAUUAAAAUUAUAUAUUAUUGUUGGUCUAGUUGGCUUGGGUAUUAAUCUUAUGGCAUUGGCCAUUCUUGGAGGAGAUAUGAGUCAUGGACAUUCACAUGGAGGUGAUAGUAAGAAGUCAAAGAGCGCAAAAGACAAUAAAAAAGAUGAAGAAGGUAUCGAAAUAGGCGAAGGUGAACAUUUAUGUGCUGAUGAACAAAACGAUAGCGAAAAUCAUCAUGGUCAUUCACAUGGUCCUAAAUCACCAGUGUUAAAUGGUGAUCAAAACGUAAAAAAGAAAAAAAAGAAAGGACUGGACGGAAGUCAAAUGAAUAUUCGUGGUGCUUUUCUUCAUGUACUGAAUGAUGCACUUGGUUCAGUUAUUGUUGUUUUAGCUGGUUUAGCUAUGAAGCAAUGGCCUGACAAAACAUGGGUUAAUUAUAUUGAUCCAUUAGCUAGUUUACUUAUGAUUUCUAUGAUUGUUGUAUUUACUAUUCCCUUGUUGCGUGAAUCAGCAUUAGUUCUUUUACAAACCGCUCCAAUGCAUAUUGAAGUAGCUGAUUUACAAAAGCGACUUGUCGAACAAGUACCUGGAGUUUUAGCUGUACAUGAAUUUCAUGUUUGGCAAUUAAGUGGUUCUAAAAUCAUAGCAUCUGCACAUAUACGUUGCCAUAAUUUAAGUGAAUAUAUGGCCGUAGCUGAACAAGUUAAAGAUUUUUUUCAUACAGAAGGUAUCCAUUCAACAACAAUCCAACCAGAGUUUAUUGAUGAAGAAAUUAUUACUGGGACAGUUAGCGAUAAAGAAUGUAUUCUCGAAUGCCUUAAAGAUUGUAGUAUGAAUACGUGUUGUGGUCAACCAUCAAGUUAUGUUAAACAGCGAGUACCUCGAAUAGAAGACAAUCUACAACGUCUACCAACUGAAACUAUCGUACCAUCCAUUGAAAUCAUAAGUCCAACACGAUCAAAUAGUUAUGUUGAGUAA